CACCUGCGCCAUAUCAUUGAGACUACGCUUAAGUUUAUAACAAUAAUUAAAUAUUUAUAUAUAUAUAUAUAAAUUUAAAAAAUUGAUCAUGGAAGAGGAAGAGUCGAGGUGUAUGUAUUUUGUAAAACGAAAAAAUCGAUAUUGUCGUAUGACCGUUAAAAAAGGUAACAAAUUUUGUGGAGAACAUCAACAGGAUUCAUUCAAUUCCAACGAUAUAGAAAUUAUUGAAAAUUGUAAGAAAAGGAUACAAUGUCCUCUUGAUCCUACUCAUACAUGUUAUCAAUCAAAGUUAUCUAAACAUUUGACGAUAUGCAAUGCCCGAAAGAUGUUAGAUGCUCGACCAGCAUAUAUAAUUAAAAAUAUUAAUUUAGAUAAUGAAACGGAAGAAAUAUCAAGACUUUUACCUCUUUCUCAACUUGAUAUUUCUGUUGUAGAUAAUAUAAUAUUAAGAAUUAACGAAGCUUAUGAAAAAUUAACGGAAAUUCCAAAUGUUGUAUUACAUCACGAUAUAUUAACAAAUACAUUGAAUGUUUCAUCCUGUGGUAAAUAUGGUAAAAAGCAUUUAACACAAAAUUCAUCUUUGCUGGCACAUUUAGAAAAAGCUGAACUUGUAAAUAAUAAUACUUGUUACAUUGAGUUUGGAGCUGGAAAAGGUGAUUUAACUUACUGGUUAGCACAAGUUGCAAAAGAAAAACAAGAUUCUUGUAUAUUGUUAGUAGAUCGUUCGAGUCAUAGGCACAAAAAUGAUAAUAAACUUAAAAAAGAACAACAUAAUAUUUAUGUUAAACGAAUACGCGCCGAUAUAGCAGAUUUACAACUUGGUAGUAUUCCAGAAAUCAAACAUUUUGUCAAUAAAGUUGGAAUUGCUAAACAUCUAUGCGGCACCGCGACAGAUCUUGCUAUACGAUGUUUGACCCAAGCAAUAGAUAAUAAAUCUAUUGGCAGUAAUUAUGGAUUAGUCAUAGCUUUCUGUUGCCAUCAUAAAUGUGAAUAUAAAUCCUAUAUUGGUAAAGAAUAUUUGAAAAAAUGUAAAUUCCUUCCAAACGAAUUUCCAAUUUUAUGUAGCAUAGCUAGUUGGGCGACUUGUGGGUUUAAUAUAAAAAAUGAUACUGAAUUAAAGAAUGAAAAUGAAACAACAAGAUCUAAUGAAAAAAGCAUGGAUUCUGUUGAACGACAAUUAAUUGGUUACAAAGUUAAGACAUUAUUAAAUUGGGGACGUUUAGAAUAUUUAAAAAGCAUUGGCUUUGAAGGUUCAUUAUUUCGUUACAUUUCAUCAGAAGUUUCCUUAGAGAACGUGUGUAUCGUUGCAAAAUAUUCUGUCAGAUAAUAAAUAAUCUUAAUUGCUGAAAUAAAUAAUUUGAUAUAUUAUGUAUUAAUUAAUAAAAACAAUGAAAAUCUCUAUUUUAUCUACUGUUACUCAUGCAACUCGGGCUUUUCUCAUUGGUUGUCAAUUGUAAACCGGACAAAAAUGACGUGUUUAUAAAUAUACAUAUAAAUAGGUUAAGUUAAUUUUUAAUUGAUUAAGGAUUAAAAAUAAAGUU